UGCUAAUAGGCGUCAGGUGAUUAAAAGUGUCCCGAAGCGACUCCCGGAACGUGACUCAGAACAACUCAUUCGUCUUGACGUGACUCAGUUCUGCCAGUGAGUGAGUGAGUGACUCGGUCUACCGAAUGACAUGUUUUCGCACCUGAGACAGAGACACGUUGACUCACGGUGACUGAAGUGAUACAGUUUUCGAAAUCUGGUGCGUCCCAAAGGUUACAAAAUCAGACGCAUAUCGAGACCUGGAGCUGAAAUGCAGCCAUUUGCGAACCUCAUUUUCCUCUAAGGUUUGUGGAGCGUCCAAGAGCAGGAAUCUUGACCAGCGAGAGAAAGGAGUCCAGGAUAUCUGCUAAAUGUUGUGGGAAGUCAUGACGGAGUUCGAGAAGAAGGAGAUGCUACUGAGGAUGAGGAUCCCUCCUCCCCCCUCUGCUCACACGCCCUCCGCCCCGUCCCCCUCCUCGGCCACUUCACCCUCCCACCCCUCCACCACAACGGCCGCCACGGCUAAAAGCCGAAUCCUGUACGACAUCCCGUGCAAAGUCUGCCACGAUCACUCCUCUGGCAAACAUUACGGAAUCUUCGCUUGCGACGGCUGCGCCGGAUUCUUCAAGCGCUCCAUCCGUCGGGCUCGCCAAUACGUCUGCAAGAGCAAAUCGGAAGCCGGCUGCCUGGUGGACAAAACGCAUCGAAAUCAGUGCAGAGCAUGUCGCCUCUCCAAGUGUCUUCAGGCUGGCAUGAACAAAGAAGCUGUUCAGCACGAGAGAGGCCCCAGGAACUCCACUUUGCGUCGCCAGAUGUCUCUCUACUUCAAAGAAUCGUCUCCCGAGCUAAGCCCGCCCCUUCAGCUUCAUCACCCACAUUCCCAUCAUCCUCAUCACCAUCACCACGCCCAUCGCUCUUUACCCGCUCCUCCACUUCCUCCACGCCCCCUGUCUCUUAGUGGAGUCGCAACUUCUUCCUCGACGUCACUGGACGUUGAGAACCUCAGGGGAUCUCCCCCUCCCGCGACAGUGUUACCGCCACAGAUCCUGAAACCCACAACGAAUGCAGUGACUGCAGCAUCCACCGCCUCUUCUUCUUCUUCUUCCUCGACUUCUUCAUUAUCGUCACUGGCCUCGUCCAACACGAGUUCCACUGCCUCCUCCUCGUCUCCUCUCACUCCUCCAAUACCUCCCAUGGCCCCUAGUCAGCCGCCGGGGCUCCCACUGGGGUCGCCUCUCCCGCCGUCGGUGGACCUCAAGAUGAGCCUGAUGCUGCCGCUGCCGCACCAUCUCACCAGUGGAGCGGCGUCGGCACUCGCCCACCCCAAGAUCCUCCGGCACUCCUCCACUGCCUUGCCCGAAGAGAUGGUAAACAUGAUGAUGAUGACCUCGAGUACUCUGGACAGGAGGCGCCAAGCAUCGUCUUUCACUCUACCGACGUCUUCCACCUUACAUGCGCCAACACCCAGAUAUCCACACGAACUAGGUCUCCCGCUGUUCAGCUGCAGCGACGGCGUGUGCGAAACAGCCGCGCGGCUGCUUUUCAUGAACGUGCGCUGGGCCAAGCACCUGCCUGCCUACGCUGCUCUUCCCUACAGGGAUCAGCUGAGUCUCCUGGAAUGGGGCUGGAGGGAACUCUUCGUGCUCUCGGCCGCCCAGUUCUUGUUGCCCGUUGAAGUUGGGGCAUCGUUAGCCUCCUGCGGACUCACCUCGGAAACUUCCAACGCUUUCUUGGUGCCCAUCCUUCGGGACAUCAAGCUCUUCCAAGACAUCAUCACCAAGUUCAAGGAAAUGUGCGUCGACCCGACGGAGUACGCUUGUCUCAAGGCGAUUGUCCUUUUUAAAACAGUGUGGGAGAAAGGCAGCGGAGGAGGGAGAGAAAUGACGACAGAGCUGAGGGACGUGGCAGCAGUGGCCGCUCUGCAAGACCAAGCGCAGCUGGCCCUCAGCAAGUACAUCACGACUGCAUAUCCUUCACAGCCCUUCAGGUUUGGUAAAUUGCUCCUACUGCUGCCAUCGCUGAGGGCCGUCGGGACCCCAGCCAUUGUGGAGCUGUUCUUCCGUCGCACCAUCGGCUCGAUCCCGAUCGAGAGAAUUGUCUGUGACAUGUACAAGACGGUGGACUUCUGAGAAAAUGAUAGGAUCGCUCACGACGUGUAAAUUACGAAUGUACAAAAUGUUGGGCAUACAAAUACGGCAGAAUAUUGUCUAUGACAUGUGUAUCCUACUGAACAUCCGAUAAACGUGAGACAGUCUACACGUACAAAGAAGAUGACUUUUGUAAACGCGAGGAAAUGGCCUAUUACUCGUUUAAGAAAAGGACUUCUGAUAAAUCUGAGAUAGAAUAUGACAAAUAAAGGACGAUAUGGACGACACUGUCCAGGACUUGUGAUACAAAAUGCGGAAUAAUUGACGACGCGCACAAAUGUUUAAGACGGUGGCUUUCUGACACACACAAGAGAAGUAUCUGCAUGGAAAGAUGAACGCAUGAGGGAUACAGGUGAGAAAAUUUCCACAAACACGUGAGAGAUUCGCCUACAAACAAGCGAGAGAACUGCUUACAAACAAGUGACAGAAUCCCAUAUAAACAGGUGAGAGAAUGGUGAAAGAGUCCCCGAUAAACAGGUGAAAGAAUCUUCCAUAAACAGGUGAAAGAAUCUCCUAUAAACAAGUGGGAGAAUCCUCUACAAACAGGUGAAAGAAUCCCCUGCAAACAGGUAAGAAAAUCCCCUACAAACAGGUGAAAGAAUCCUCUACAAACAAGUGAGAGAAUCCCCUGGAAACAGGUGAGAGAAUCGCCUAAAAACAGGUGAGAUAAUCCCAUACAAACAAUUGGGAGAAUUCCCUACAAACGGGUGAGAGAAACCCCAACAAAGAAGUGGGAGAAUCACCUACAAACGGGAGAAAGAAUCGCCUACAAACACGCAAAAGGAAGUCGACUUCUGACGCACAUCAUGGAUGCCGGAGCCAAAAGCCAGAAGUGUUGAGAGGGCGAGCAGCAGUAAAGCCUCUCAUUUGCACCGCUUCACUCCCUCCAGAGCUUUCUUCAUGACGAGUGUAAUCCCGCUCAACCGCGUUCGCACCUGUUGCCUUAGAUUUAUUUACAUGCGAUAGAGUUGAUGUACAUAAUAUUUUGUAUAUUUAUAUAAGAAUCCACUUUCUGAUGUUGAAAGUGUGUCUAUCGUUGCACUGAGGACUUAAUAUAAUCUCAUAAACAACAACAAAUCGAAGAGUUACGUAUAUAUCACAGACUGAUAGACGUAGAUGCACAAACAAAGACGCAGACACACAAACAAUUAUAAAGAUAAACAUAGAGAGAUAGAUAGAUAGACAGACAGAUAGAUAGAUAUAGAUAGAUAGAGAGAUAGAUAUUUUGUGAAACAGAACUCUGAAUUGGGUCUAAUCUCAAGUUGUGAGAUUUUUCAUCAUAUUAAGAGAGAGAGAGAGAGAGAGAGAGAGAGAGAGAGAGAGAGAGAGACCGACUAAGUUACAAAGAAUGACAACUACGUACAUCGUACAUGUCCUUUGCAACACGAGCCUUCGUACAUUAUAAAUAAAUAUAAAGACAGUGCCUUUUCAUUCUCCCAAUCGUUCUUAUAGUAAUACUGUACUAUAUUCCUUCAAUACCUAACUCACUGCUUUUAUCCUGAUAUAAUCUAUUAUUUAAUUCACAAAAAGGCAAUUAUCUUCUGUUGUUCAUCGUUUCUUCUUUCGCCUUCAA